CACCUUGCAUCAAACUUGAGAAAAAAAAUCAUUAUGAGCGUGUAGAGAUAUUGAGUUUUAGACCACUCCAAUAUCACAUUUUAACUUCUCUUUCGUAUAGAGAAAGAGAGGUAGAGUUUCCUAAGUUAACAUUUCAUUAAUUAGAGAGAGAGAGAGAGAGAAAGAGAGAGAGAGAAUGGCAAUCCCAAUCGCCACCUUGAUCAACGUCUUUGGCAUUCUAGGCGACGCCAUCUCGUUUCUGGUCUGCCUUGCUCCUUUACCGACGUUCUAUCGUAUAUACAAGAGGAAAUCGGCUGAAGGGUAUCAAUCCAUUCCUUAUGUGAUUGCACUCUUGAGUGCGAUGCUUUGGAUAUACUAUGCCAUGAUUAGGAAGCACGCAACUCUCUUGAUCACCAUCAACACCUUCUGUAUCGUUAUACAGACCUUCUAUAUCGUCGUAUACAUGUACUACGCUCCCAAGAAAGACAAGAUUCUGACGACAAAGUUCAUCUUCUUGUUCAAUGUGCUCGGGUUUGGUGCGGUUCUACUCUUGACACUCUUUGUCACACAUGGAGACAAACGUGUGAGCGUUGUCGGAUACGUUUGUAUGGUGUUUGCUCUGUGUGUUUUCGUCGCGCCACUUGGAAUCAUCGUAACUUCUAAACAAACAAACAUUAAGAGCGUCGAGUUCAUGCCAUUUCCUCUAUCUUUCUUCCUCACCUUAGGUGCGGUCAUGUGGUUCUUUUAUGGCCUUCUCCUCAAGGACUUAAACAUUGCUCUUCCAAACGUGUUGGGUUUCGCCUUCGGUGUGGCUCAGAUGCUGCUUUACGUGAUUUACAAGAAACCGACGAAGAAUGUAUUGGAGCAACCGGCCAUUAAGCUUCAGGACAUAUCAGAGCACGUUGUCGAUGUGGUGAGGCUUAGUACGAUGGUUUGCUCGUCGGAGAUGAGAUCUGUGGUGCCACAGCUGAGUGCUGACAUGGAAGCCACCAUUGAUAUAGAUGAUAAGAUCAAGGGAGAUAUAGAGAAGAUGAAACAUAACAAAGGUGUCGACGACAAGAUCGGUAAGGAAGACGUUGAUGAGAAGAUGAAGGCGCAGAACAAAGAUGUCGAGACCGGUCUUGCUAAUUAGCAUGCGACUCUCUUAAGCUUCUUCAGAAGUGGUGUUUGGGUUUUAUGGUUGCUUGUGGGCUAAGUUAGGUUUUAAUGUGUCUUCAUCGUCUAUCUUCUGUCUCUUUCUCUUUAUAUGUAUCUGUUUCUGUGGGUGGUUAAUCUCUCUCUCUCUCUCUCUCUCUCUCUCUAAAUUCCUUGCAUGUAACGUCUUUUAUUAAAUGAAUGAAGAUUUAUUUCUCCUAAAA